AGAGUAGGAUUUCUUCCACAGACAGGAAAAAUUCCUCAAACAUGCAUUUACAUAGUCUGUAAGAAGUCUGAAGAAGGAAAAGGGCAAGCUGCUUGUGCUUUAAUCCAUGUGGGAAGGCAAAGCAAGGUGGGAGCUAUGUUUCCAGUUGGCUUUUCUCUCUCCCCUGUUGUUUCCUCACUAAGAAGGAAGGAUGACAAACAUCUGGAGGCAGGUGUUGCAUUGCUGCUGCUCCCUGAACCUUGUUGACUUCUCUGGGUACCAGAACAAGAACCUGUUUGGUGGGUCUGAUUUGAAUCUUGGUAAAGGGAGCAGCACACCAGUGUGUAGAGAUGAGCAGACUCAGCAAAUGAAUUAAAGCUUCAGGUAUUGACUGCUGUCAUUCAGACAGCAUCCAAGCUGUGCAUCCAUAGCAACCCUGUGCUAUGGAGCCUGUUUGGGGUUUUGUUGGGUUUGUUUCUGGUGUACUUCCAUCAGCUCAGAACAGCUGUACCUGUGAGACCAACAAGUGGAUGGUGUGUGCCCAGCAUGGACCUGACAACUGCACCUGCACACCGGUAGGUUCAAAUCACAAGUUAGACUGUUCAACACUGACUUCAAGAUGCUUGAUAAUGAAGGCAGAAAUGAUCCUCUGCAAAGAGAAGAGCAUCAGGGCCCAUCUCCAUGGGCUGUUAAGUAAUGAUGGCAUUUACAAUACAGUCUGGAAGGACACUGGAAUCUUCAGCAGGCAGUUCAGUCAUACCAACGCUUGCAGGUGCGUGAACAAUGCUUGAGUGAGAAGAACUAAAAAGGGUGACGAAAACCUCAGUAGUGGUGAACUGAUUAGAACAAACUGGAUCUACAUUGAGCUGAAGCACGACAGGUCCAGUUCCUUUGAUGGUCCUGAUGUAGUGAAUGCCUUGAAACAUCUGUUUGAGAGCCGAUACAAACUGCACCCCAAAUACAUCACAGCCGGUAAUAACAUGCCCCCAGUUAUCCAAAUCCGCCUGAACCAGCAUGAGAAAUCCAGGUGUGAUGUGAAUAUAGCUCAUGUAGUCUAUGACUUUGAAAAAGAUAUAAAAGAUGACUCCAUAUUUCAUUCUAACAGUACAUGAACUGUCUGUGUCAAUGGAGAUGCUCUGGAUGUUGAAAAACUACAGAUUUACUACGUUGAUGAAAAGCCCGAGUUUUGCAUGCAGCAGCUGGGUGCUGGCUUUGGUGGUGCGGUGACAGGGGUGGUGCUGGCUGCUGGCAUGGGCAUCACUGUGCUGGCUCUUCUGAGGUGGCUGAAGACAAGAAAAUAUGAGAAAGGUGAUUAAACAAAUGGCUGAAAUGGGAGCACUGAGCUUACAGCUCUGAAAAGGAAAGGCAACAACAG